CAGGCUAGUGUAGAAAGAAGACUACUACUUCAACGUUCUCCCUUAAAACAAAGAUACUUUGAUUAAAAGUAUGGAUUCCAAUCUGGCUGCAGAAGUAAGCGGCAACACAUCGAAUAUCGGUAUCAAUUUCGAGCCUAUUCCAUGGGACUUCAACGUGGAUGAGCUCCAUUACUGGGUCCACUACGGCCUGGUCAUUUUUGGGGCCGUCUUCACUCUUGUAUCCUUCGUGGUUCAGUUCCGGGAGCCUGCAACCUAUGGUAAACAUGAAGACAAGCCGGACAACUACAAGGAGGUCACCAAAAAUGGAGCCACUCGUGUUGAACUUUCAGAGGGCGACGACGAUCCUUUGACUGCUGAACAGGACUCGACCACACAACUGGAGAGAAAAGAUCAAGCACGGAGUGGCUGUCUCAUUCCUCAGCGGAUAGGACACUUUUGCUCUGACGGACCACCAGGUUGUAUUCUCUUCCCAUUGGUAUUUUUCCUCUACGGCAGCAUUACCGAUCCUGUCAAUGUGGUAUUCCUGUCUCUCUUCAUAGCUCAUUACUUUCAUCGUGGGUUCAUCCAUCCAUGUAUCAUGAAAUACAGCAAAGCAAAGGUCCCAUUCUGGAUCACGGCCGCAGGGAUAUUCCCAAACUCGAUAUUCAGUUUUGUGAAUGCUGACUGGACGGGAUCUGCUAAAUAUAGUAAUAACUACUACUAUGAUCCAAGGUUUAUUAUCGGUGUAGUGCUGUAUGUUGUCGGGUUCAUCAUAAACAGAUGGGCAGACUGGAAACUGAGGAGUCUAAGGUCUUCGGGUGGCGGUGGUUACUACAUUCCGCGAGGGGGUCUCUUUGAGCUAGUAUCCUGCCCCAACUACCUUGGGGAACUGGUUGAGUGGUUCGGCUGGGCACUGGCUAACUGGUCAGCGGCUGGUCUGGUCUGGUGGCUCUUUGGCUGUUCAACCUUCAUACCGCGGUCAAGGGACAAUCACAGAUGGUACAAGAAGAAAUUCAAGGAGUACCCGCCCAACAGAAAAGCCUUGAUUCCUUUCAUCUACUAGCAUUAUGUCCCUUAAUAUGAAAUAUAGAUAGCAUUGUUACUAGGGUAUCAAUGAGAAGCUUGGGUCAGUACUUUUUUGCUGGUGUGCAUUUCAAAGGCUUUGGCCCAUAUUUCUGAACUCAGGUUUGACUUUGGUGUGUUCAAUGUCGGUUUUCAAAUUUAAACGGCAACAUAGAUUAUGAUUGAAAACGUGAUUAUAAUGAGAAGCAAAGGAUGUGUUCAAUGUCCACUACUCCCGGUCAUAAAAAUAAACGUCUUUCAAAUCAUGAUUGGGAGGGAAAAUCUAAACGUCCAAAAAGAUGCGCUUGUAAAUGCGAUCAGCUCGAAAUUACGACCUUGAGCAUCGCGAAUGCGACAUUGAACACAAUUGAGUUUUGAAACGUUUAUAAAUUUGCUCUUGCAGUGGAAGCCUAUACAAAUAGGUGCCAGAACUGACUUUUUUUGUGGAUGGGUCAAACUGAGCAGCGCUAACGAAAGCGGGAAAUUUAAGACGAUCCACAUUUAAACAGCUUUAUAUUUUCGACACUGAACGGUGCACCGCUGAUCGUGUUUGUUUUGGGUUUUUUGUAAUUGAGUUUUCAAUCAUGAUUCAUGUUGCUGUUUGAAUUUGAAAAUUGACUUUGAACACACCCAUAGACCAUGGCCUAUCUUUGUGCUAAAAUAUUAUGAAAAGCCAAAAAUGUCACAAUUUUGUUUUGCUUCUUCUGUUUACUGUGCUCUUUCAUAAUUUUUUAACUGUGAAGACAGCCCUCCUAUUCAUCCUUCCGAGACCGUUAGGAAUGAUUUUAGAGUCGAAUGAGCUUAUUCAUUGAACCAUUACAGUUAAGAGAUUUAUGUGACAAUUGGCUAUCCAUAGUUAACAACUUUAAACCAGAGUUAUACCUGACUUCAGAAUGGUAAACUG